AGCAUCUUUUUGCUGUCAAUUUAUGAUUUGGCUCCUUCGGAUGGAUAUUUUUUCGCAAACGUCGGAAUUUGGUAUAAAUUAAACAAAAAUUAAUUAUUACAACUUUAAACACCAGAAAUUUAUUCAACCUAUAAAUUUCUAUUUUAUUUUGUGAUAUGUCUGUACAUUACAAAUUCAAGAGCUCUUUAGAUUUCGAUACAAUUACUUUUGAUGGACUUCACAUAUCAGUAAAUGAUUUUCGGAAAGCGGUCGUGCAGCAAAAACGUCUUGGGAAAACAAACGAUUUUGAGUUACAAAUAACUAAUGCUCAGACAAAAGAAGAAUAUCAAAAUGACAAUGAUCUUAUACCAAAAAAUACAUCGUUAAUUAUAUCGAGAAUUCCACAAAUCUCGAAAAAAUCAAGAGAUACUUCUUCUCAACCGCAAAAUACUCCAGUGGUUAGCCAUGUCCCGAAAUUUGAUAGUAACACUUUAGAUCUCUCGCAAAUGAAUGCUAGCGAAGAAGACAAAAUACAAGCUAUGAUGGCACAGAGCACUGUCGACUAUGAUCCCCGAGGCUUUCAUCAUUGGUAUCAAAAAAUACGCGGUCCAGGCCAAACGGGGGAAGUGCCUCCAACAUAUCGCUGUUAUAAAUGUCAUCAAAAUGGACAUUGGAUAAAGAAUUGUCCUUUGCCACAUUCCAGUGCAAAAAAGUCUGAGAUACGUCGAAAUACAGGAAUACCAAAAUCUUUUCUUCAUGAGAAAGGCGCCGAGAAUGAAGCAAUAACAGAAGAAAUAGUUAUUCCCGAAAAACAAGCAGAAGUUCCAGAUGAAUUGUUGUGCAGCAUUUGUAAGGAUAUUUUUCGCGAUGCCGUAAUGAUACCAUGUUGUGGUAGUUCAUUUUGUGACGAUUGUGUUCGUACUGCUUUACUUGAAUCAGAAGAAAAUGAAUGUCCAGAUUGUAAGGAAAAAGGAACAUCACCUGGCUCAUUGAUUCCAAAUAGAUUUUUACGUAGUUCUGUGAACACGUUCAAAAAUGAGACUGGCUAUGAAAGAAGGAGAAAAAAUAAUGGAGUACAUGAAGUCGUUUCUAACGCUACUGAAACAAAAGAGGAACCAGUAAAAGUUGAAAAACAAAAUGAAAAAGAUAAAGAAACUGAAGCACCCGUUAAAAGCAGCCCUAAGAAGGAAGUAAUCCCAAAGCAUGAAGAUGAGCAAUUAACACCGCCAAAAUCAUCUCCAAAGAAGGAAGUGUCUUUGUCUCCAAAAAAAGAAGUAAAGAAACCAUUGCAAUUAGAAGAAAAAGAAAUACAGAAAAAAGAACCCGAAAUUGAACAAAGCUCUCCUAAAAGACGUGUUGAAGUUGUUAUGCCACAAAGGGAAAUAUUACACAACUCGGACCCUCAUCAAAGACCAGAGGAACAAUUUAAACAAAAUCAAUCGUCUUAUUACGGAUCUUCGGUUCCAGACUUGCCACACAGAUCAAAUCCAUCUGAACAAUAUCAACCUAGACCAGAUUCAUAUAUGCGACAUCCGAAGCAUAAUCAAGGAAUUGUACCACCAAAUAUGGGAUAUUGUAAUAAUUAUGGCAAUCGAACUGAAAGGUAUUACUAUCCCAGGGAUUCCUAUAACGUAAAUGCCGCUCCGUAUCCUUACGUGCAAAAUCCAAGAAUGCGUCAAAUGGCUCCACACGCCAAUAUACAACCGUAUUAUCAAGGAAUGGCUGGCCCAAUUGAGACAGGCAUUAUCGAAGAUCCAUUGGAAGCUUUCAAUAGGAUAAUGAAAGAAAAGGAAAAAAGAAAAGAAAUGAAACGUUUGGCUACGGAACGAUCUGAAAGGCACAGACCGCCGGCUAUGAGCAAAAGAGGCCCCAGGGAACCUUCUCCGCUGGCCGAGAAGAGGAUUAGACAUAGGAGUUCUCCUGUCAAUGAAAGAAGAAACCGUUCCCCUUUGCGUCAGGAAAAACCAUCUAGCCACAGAAACAUUGAAAGAGAAAAGACUAUAAGGAGUCAUAGAAAUCAUUAUCCAGGAAAUAAUAGGUCUUUUUCUCGAUCAAAUUCACCACCUCCACAGAGAAGAUUUUCAAAAUCACCGAUACGCAGACGUUCCAGAAGCAGGUCUCAUCCCAGGUCCCACUCAAGAGAAAAUGACAUGCUACGUCACGAUAACAGACACCCCCCCAAACAUGUUUUGCAACAAAGUCAUCGAAUAGACCACGAAAAGGAGAUGAUACGUUACAAUAAAAGGCCACAAGGCCGAUUCAGUGAAACAAGAAGUCUAUCUGAAAUCGGUCCAAAAGAAAAUAGAAGACAUAAUUCGAAAAUGCGUGAAAAUGGCAAUCAAAUGUUUGAUAAUUAUGGACCAUCCAGUUCCCGAAAAAUGUUUUUUGAGACUGAAGUACCAGAAAAUAGGGACGUGCCGUAUGAAUUUCACCAUGAAAGAAAUGAAAGAAAUGAAAGAAGGAGUAAAGUUUCUAUGAGUAAAUUCGAAGAGAUUCCUAGAUCUGAAAAAAGAAUUCGAGAAAAUCACGAGGAAAGAAGGCAGAGUUUGCAGUCACCCGAUGAGGAACCACCAAAACCGGAAUUAGAUAAAAGAUCGAAGGAUCGAAAGAAGAAGAAAGAAAAAGAUGAAAAAACAGAAAAGAAGUCGAAGAAAGAUAAAAAGGAGAAGCGAAAACGGGAGCGUCAUAAGGAUGAACCUAAGAAGCACCCGGAUCACAAGAAAUCAAGAAGGGAUACGGAUUCAAUGGCCAAUUCAAAUGAGAAGGGUUCUGAUGAAAGUAGAAACCGUUCUGGCAAGAAAGACAAUUUCAAGGGAUCAAAUGACGAAUCCAUGGACGAUAAAGCUGAAACUUUUACGCCUGACAUAAAUAUAAAUCGCCACCUCGAUGAUGACCAUAUUGUAGAAACUGUACAGUCCGAAGUGAGAAGGGAAACAAAAAAUCCGUUUAGAACGGAGAAAUCCCCACUUAUAUACAAAAAUGAGAGGUGCAAGCAAAUAAUGGACAACAACGGCUCGGAGCUUAACACACCUACAUCAUUUAUCGACACUACUCCAGAAAACUACGCUGGCAAAUGGGAUAACUUUGACUUUUCCAUGCCAAACAGCGAAGAUGUCAGAGGAGAUAAUGAUCGCGAUUUUGAAUAUAACUCACAUAAUAUGUUCCAUAAUAGUUCGCCGCCUAUGAGAAACGAACAAAUUGGAAUGAAUAGACACUUUGGCAAAAUAAAAGAUUCUCAUUCCCGAUCACAUGCACACCACGAGGAACGAAGACCCAAACAUGAAGAAACAGUCAAGGAAAACAGGUCUGAAGUGACUGCAAAAUCAACACCCAGAAAACCUUCGCCAGUGCCUAGCGAAGCAGGAUCUUCAUCUUCAAGUAAGACGCCACAGGGUAAAAAACGAAGAAAGAAAAGUAAGCAUAAGAAAGAAAAGUCCUCCAAACGAUCCUCAUCUGCAGAGUCAUCAAAAAAGAGUUCUAGUAAACACAAGAAAAGUCGGACCGAAAAGAAGAAAAAGUCUAAACGGAAUGAGUCACGUUGAACACAGUUUAUUUAUUUUUUUUAUUUAACAAUAAAUAAGUACAUAUAUAUUAUAUACAUGCAAACUGUAUGACAAUUUAUAAUUACCUAUUAAAUUGUUGUAUUUAUAUAUUAUGAUAAGCUUGCAUUUUGCAAAAAUUAUUAUAAAAUCUGUCGUAAUAAAUCCGGAGCUAGUGGCUUUUCAACAACUUAUAUAAAAA